AUGGAGCACACCGCGUCUGAGUAUGAACGUCGACGUCUACUCAUCGGCCCUGUCAGUGCACAGGGACUAGACGAGAAGAUGGCUCUGGUCACGCGACAGAUCCCAAGUCCCGACGAAAGGAAUCAAGAGCACUGGGCUCAGACCUUUUUCCAGGUCGCCAAACGAGAUGGUAUCAAAGCUGAGAUCAAAACCAUCAUAUCGACCGAUUUGUCCAAAUUCGAGACACGAGACUACUCUCGGUACUUUCACCCAGGCAGGCCGACCCGAAAGCCUCGGGAUAUAGAUGAACGGAUAAUCAAGAAGGUCAAUGAUGUCUUUGACACAGAUAAUCCUGUCAAAAGCUCACCAAGCCUUUUCUUUAUCGGCAUGAUGGCAUCCAACUUGGCUGUAAAAGUGAUGCCUGGAGAGGAGCUCACUGCCAGAACUCUGUCCUCAAAGGACCUCUUUGAGCCCACCAUUCCUAUGACAGAAGGAGAGAAGCAACAAGUCCAGCAAGAACGAGGACCCAAGUACUACUGGCAGCGUGCCCGCCUUAUUGGCGCUGACGCAACAGGAGAGGCCGGUAUCUCCAACCAUGAGUAUGAGUUCGCUACUCACCCAAAGAUGGGGAUGAACAAUCGUCCUGUUGUCGCUUGCUGCAGCACCAACGCCUUCGGCAGCUGGCGUUAAUUCAGGUGGUCAUGAACGCUUUCGACAAUGGCGCUUCCACGGACGUUAUAUCAAACAUGACAUUGUCGAGAACGAGCCGUCCAGCAAGGGGCUGGAGACUAUGUUAACUCUUGCCACUGAGACUGGAGGAACGGCCACUAUCUCCACAGAUGCCAAUGCUUUCAAGUCGAGUCUGGUUUACUGGUGAUUACAACACGCCGGAAAAGAUGAACAACAGGAAGGCGGACAAUUGAAAGAAGAAUCGACAGUGUUCUUGC